UGGCCGUCUACCGUCAACAACAACAAAAGCAACAACAACAACAACAACGAAACAACACGGCUCCAGUAUUAAAUGCAAGGAUUUCCUCAGAAACUUGCCGGCUCUUUUGUGCGACAAAGGUUUAUUGAUUGUAUUGCUCGAAAUGGGUGAGGUGACGAAUAUCGUUACCGAGAAACUGGAUCCCACUUCCGGACUUUAUGUAUCCAUGGCUUUAUUCCGAAAUGUGAAAAACAGCAAGGUUAUCAAAGACAAGGUUGUGUCUGGUGCUCUCCAGUGUUCCAUCAUAAAGCCUUCCCUCAUAGCUCACCCUUUCCAAGUCGUCGUUGCGGCAAACAAGGCUGCUGCCAGCCAAGUGUUCGGAUCCAUGGUCACCAAAAGUAUUUACACCGAGCUGUUGUUCAACUUGUCGAUAUCGAAGAAUAUCUCUCAGUCAUUGAUGAAGUUCGGAAUCAACGAAAGUGAUCAAGACAUUCUGGUUGCAACGAUUCAUGCGGAAGAUGCUUCCAACAUGAGUGAGAUAAUGGUUCAAGUGGAGGGACAGGUUGUUCCUUUGACUGAUUUACAGAACAUCUGUGAUUUCAACCUUCUUCGUAAGUCCUAUAAAAUAAGUGAGGAUGAACUGAAAGUAACGUCUCUCUUAGAUUCGAUUGUGAGCCGAAUUGCAACAAGUGACUUUGUAUCUCAUUGAAAAUUUUGACAUUUCUCUGUUGAUGCUGAAUUUUUACUAAAAGUUCUCGCACAAUUCCAUGUGUGUAAGUGUGUGGCUGAGCAAGUCUUUAAUGUGUUGUACUUAACUAUGAUUUUGAGAUUCAUUAAUGCUGUGAAGUACAAAAAUCAAAUUUUACGAGUC